CCUUCCGGCGGCCGCCGCGGGAGCGCUUCCGCCUCUUCCCUUGCAGCGCGCUCGGGCCGACAGCAGCGACCGCGCCGCGGCCAUGAGUGAGGCAGAAGUGAAUCCCAAAGCUUACCCACUAGCUGAUGCACAGCUCACCAAAACACUGCUGGAUCUUGUGCAGCAAUCCUGCAACUAUAAGCAGCUACGCAAGGGAGCCAAUGAAGCCACCAAAACACUGAACAGAGGGAUAGCAGAGUUCAUUGUGAUGGCAGCAGAUGCGGAGCCCUUGGAGAUCAUCUUGCACCUCCCUCUUCUCUGUGAGGACAAGAACGUACCUUAUGUGUUUGUGCGCUCCAAGCAAGCCCUGGGCCGGGCAUGCGGUGUUUCCCGGCCUGUUAUUGCCUGCUCCAUCACCAUCAAGGAGGGAUCACAGCUAAAGCCUCAGAUCCAGUCUGUACAGCAAGCUAUAGAAAGACUGUUGGUCUAAGUGCCCAUGAGUGUGUGUGUGUGUGUGAAAAGUGCAGAUUAGGGGAAAUUAAUGUUUAGCUUUAGUUGAGAUGAUAGUUUUGAUAUCAAUGUUUCAUUUCAAAAUGCUAUAUUUUUGUUUAAUAAUGGCUUAAUUCUUAGUGUUUCUGCUUCCUAUCCCUCCCCUUUUCUAUUAUUCCGCUCCAAUAUAUUCAUUCUCAUUGUAUGACUUCUUGAAAAGUGACUGCACAACUGUGUUUUCUGUUUAAAAGAAGGACAGAAAAAAAAGUCCCCUCCUUGUCUUCCUUGUGUGCCCACUCAGGGCUUUUUUAACCCACCCAUCAGCUUUCUCUGUGUUGCAGUAAUUCUGCUAACCUUCAGCCUCCAGCAGGUGUAACUCAGCAUUUCUGAAUGGUUUAGGCUACUGAGGAAAAAAUACAGCCCUGUGUUCAGGCUGCUGGAGUCAUAAUCAGUGAGUAGCACAGCCCUUGUUCUUGAAACCAGACAAGAUACUUCUGUAAGAGAUGCACAGAGAGCAGAAAUCUUAUGGCAGUACACAAGGGGAAUUCUUCAUUAUUUCUAAAUACUGACUUUUUAAGAAAAAAUAAAAAUGCUGCAAAGCUACAUAGAAUUUUCAUUCUCUUGGUGAAGUAUUUGCAACUAACUGGAGUUAGCUAAACUCACAGGUUGCCUAAAGGCUAUUGCAAUGCAGUAAUUUUUACUCCUUUAGUUUUCUUUGCAUGGACUGUUACCACUGAGGUUGGGGUUCCUAGGGGAAGUUAAGUACAAAAGACAUGGCAGAGAGAAGCCUGUUGUGGCUGCUGAGUGUGGGAACUGGCAGUGGUCAGAAGAUAGAUUUUUGGCUCCAGGCAGUACCUUGAAGCCUGUGGGGAAAGCCAAGUACAUAACUCUCUCGCUUGGGCCUGGGAAAUCAUAAGGAGGAACCCAAAACAAUCCUCGUAGAUAGCAUCUUCCUGACACACGGUGUUUUUCCAAGUUGUUUACCGGUAAAGAUGUUUUCAAGAAGGUGUAGGUUCUAAAUGACCAAUAAUAUUAGUUGUACCAAAUACCAUGUAAAAGGCCCUGUUCUCAGUAAACCUUUGCUAUAAUGCCCUCCGAAGAAACCAGAGUUCUAUGUAUUGUUAUUUGAGCCAUCCCUAACAAUAGAUGAGCACCCUACAUCUGGUUAAUUUUAAAAACUGCCAUGGCUUUUAGCUACUGCACUGUAGUCACCUGACUGAAGAUGAACACUUUUAAGUCAUGGCCAAGGAAACAAGUAAUUUUUCAGAUAAAUUAAUGUGUGUCUCAAGGAGAGAAUGCUAUAUUAUCUCAUGUCCUGGAAAAGCAGCAUGGAGCACCAACAGCAAUCUGCAUUAGUGGUGGUUUUAUGGACCUAGUUUUAGUUAAAUGCAUAUUGUAUAAUAAAUCCACUUCUGCUCUGAUUAGAAAAGUUUAAACCCCUGUAUUAGAAUAUCAAACCUGUUACCUAUUGCAGGAUGCCAAAUCAAAAUAGUGUGGAAACUCCAUUAGGUGCAAUAGCUGAAGGGAACAUAGAUUUUCCUGUAAUGUUUCCAUAGAGGCAUUAACUUCAUACCUUUACUAAGUACAAUCCCAAGCAGAUGAAAUCAGCUCAUGAAAGACUGAAGACAUCAUGUUUGUAUGUUUUGUAAAUAGCUGAUACCAUUAAUCCUUGCUGGGGUGAACUUGAUACAAAUACUUCAGAAUCUUUUUAUUUGUAUGAGGUUUAGAAGGGCUCCUGUUCCCUUCUACUGAUGCUGAUGGUUCAGCUAGUUGUGUUUAGAACUACAGCUUUGCCAGGAAUUUGCCCUAUUGUACCAAGACAGCUGAUGUAAGAGAAAGCACACAAGGAGCAGAAAUAAAGGAUAUUUGAGCAAGCAAAA